AUGUUGCCAGCAAUGAACCGCUUCGCACGCAUCGCGCUAGCCGUGGUUGCUGUGCUCUUCGUCUUUGCUAUAUUGGUCUCUUACCAAGGACCCGAGAGCUUUAAGGAUCACCUACCGAGCGCUGACUGGCAUUGGCCGUCCAAAGGCGGCAACACCACCAUCGACGAACCAGAGAAGCCCACUGACGCUGCCGGUGCUGUUGGUGCUGGAGAGGAGGAUCUUGAGCAGGACAAAGAUCCCAACACUGACAUCUCCUACGACUUGACGAGAGCGCCUACACCGGGCUGUGAGAACAUCGUCAACGACCUCCAACAACGUCUCAUCCACGCCUACCAGAAGAGGUUCGCUGGAAUUCGCUAUGCCAACAUCUGGGGUUACCUUGAGACCGAGAACAAGGGUGAUGCAGCUAUUUGGUCUGCCCAGCAGAUUCUGUUGAGCAUCCUUGGAAUUGAGACUAUGGAAGCCUGCCGCUUCAUGUACAAGGACUGCGACAUUGCAAAGUUCCGCAGAAAGCUCGAGGAGCACCGUCCCCAUUCUGGUAUCAUCAUGGCCGGUGGUGGCAACUUCAACGAUUACUACUGGGAGGACCAACCUUCACGAAUGAACAUGAUUGAGAACUUCCAGAACAUCUCCAUCCGAGCUUUCCCCCAAAGUAUCUACAUGACCAACCCCGAGAGGAUUGAGAAGACCCGCAAGUCUUUCACUAAGCACCACGACUUGCAACUGGCUGCCCGUGAUAAGCCCAGCUAUGACUGGCUCAUGGACAACUUUGGCCAGACUGAGGGCAUUCAGAGCGAUCUUGUUCCUGACAUUGCCUUCAUGUGGGGUAACCGAUCUGAUUUCCGACACAACACCAAGAAGACCCAUGACAUCCUGAUUCUUGCCCGAAAGGACGCCGAGAUUUCAGACGGUGACUCCGGCGACAUCGAGUUUGGCGAGGGCAAGGUUGAUCUGGGUGGCAGCAUCGGCAACGUAACAUACAAUAAGGUCGACUGGAAGUUCACCAAGACACCAUCCAUCGAUAACGACAACGAGCGCGAGCAGGGUAAGAACCAACGUGCUUGGGCCAAGUCGAUGGCCGGCUUCGACCUCUUGGGAUCGGCUCACUUCGUCAUCACCGACAGACUUCACGGCCACAUUCUCUCUACAGUCAUCGGCGUUCCUCAUGUGCUGAUGGACAGUAAGUUGGGUAAGAACCUCAACUUCCACAACACUUGGACGCGCGACUGCGGCUGCACAAAGAUCACAAAGUCCAUCGACUCGGCCUUUGAUGUUGCUCGCAUGUACUUCGAGCAGGAGGUCAAGGACGGCCUAAGGGCUGCUGACGACCCCAAGCCCACACCCGUACCUACUCCCAACGCGGAGGCUCCCAAGGAGAGCGAGAAGGCUGCCGCCGCCGCCGAUACAUCGUCAUGA